CUUUUGUCCCAUGGGUAUUCCCUUGAUGUAGUACUCUCCCCCUUUUCCUCUGAAUUUUUUUAAUUUUUGGUCUGUUCCCUCUGCAGAAAGGCCAAAGCAUGAUCGUCGGCAUCGCACAAAACUUCUUUCCCAUCAACUCGAGGCAUUGAGAAAAACGUUUGAAGAGACCAUGUACCCAAGUCUGGCUACAAUGGUGAAACUGGCUUCAGAGCAACACCUCGAUCUAUCUGUUGUAAAGAUAUGGUUCAAGAACCAGCGGGCCAAAUGGAAGCAGCAGCAGCAGCAGCAGCAAAUGCAGCCACAGCUAUCACUAGGAGCAUCAGGCCGGACCAUUUCAGUAAAGGAGGAGACUCCAUCAGCCGUAACUACUGCAGACAUUCAUCCAGUACGUCCUAGAAUCUCUGAUGUAAAUGACCAUGAUCUACAUGAGCCUUCUGGUAUCAAGAAUCCUGGAGAAGCCAGCGCCUCUGUGAGGGAUUCAUCCGGGCAUUCCCAGUCACAUGAUAUUGAACAGAUAUGUCUGGGGGCUUCAGAUCUUCCUUGGGCCUCCGCCCCCUAUGAAAUAGAUGAAUUUGUAAAGAUCUAUGACCUGUCAGAGGAAGAUGACACCAGCAGCCUAAAUCAAUAUCUUUUUCCUCCAGUGUGCCUGGAGUAUGACCAGCUCCGAUCUUCAGUGUAA